CACCCCCACAUCUUGAAUCUUCGCCGCGGUAUUCGCACGUGUUCGCGUGUCCGGUCGUCUGUUUGAAUUGUGAAAAUGUCAACAUCAAGCGCUGCUGUUAAUGGCAAUCAUUACGAGCAAUUGCAUCAAGGACGGACUAAAAUGUAUAAAUCAAAAGUUGAUGUUGUCCUAGGAGCCCAGUGGGGCGAUGAGGGCAAGGGCAAAGUGGUGGACAUGCUGGCGUCCGAAGUGGACAUUGUGUGCAGGUGCCAGGGAGGCAAUAAUGCUGGACACACUGUGGUAGCGAAUGGCACGGAAUUUGAUUUCCAUCUUUUGCCUAGUGGCGUAGUGAACGAGAAAUGCAUCUCGGUCAUUGGCAAUGGUGUUGUUAUUCAUCUGCCCUCUUUGUUUGACGAGUUGUUGAAAAACCAAGCCAAGGGAUUGUCGCAUUUGGAGAAUCGUUUAAUCAUUUCGGAUCGUGCCCAUUUGGUGUUUGAUUUCCAUCAGCAUGUGGAUGGCAUGCAGGAGGCAGAGAAGGGAGGCAAAUCCCUGGGCACCACCAAGAAGGGCAUUGGUCCGGCCUACUCUAGCAAGGCUACCCGCAAUGGCAUUCGUGUGGGUGAGCUGCUUGGUGACUUUAAUCUCUUCAGUGAUAAGUUCAAGUCGAUUGUGGCCACACAUGUACGCCUGUUCCCAUCGAUCAAUGUGGAUGUGGACGCUGAAUUGGCUCGGUACAAGGACUAUGCGGAAAAGGUUCGUCCCUAUGUCAAGGACACAAUUUGCUUCUUGCACACAGCUCUACGCAAUGGCAAAACCAUCCUGGUAGAGGGAGCCAAUGCGGCCAUGUUGGACAUUGAUUUCGGCACAUAUCCCUAUGUGACCAGCAGCAAUUGCAGCAUUGGAGGUGUCCUAACUGGUCUGGGUUUGCCGCCACAGACAAUUGGAGAGGUGAUUGGUGUGGUAAAGGCCUACACGACGCGAGUGGGUGACGGACCCUUCCCCACUGAACAAUUGAAUGAAGUUGGUGAUCUGCUGCAGACGCGUGGUUUUGAAGUGGGUGUGACCACCAAGCGAAAGCGACGAUGCGGUUGGCUCGAUAUCCCCCUGUUGAAGUACACCUCUCUGGUCAAUGGCUAUACAUGCAUCUGCAUCACCAAGCUGGACAUUUUGGAUACGAUGGCCGAAAUUAAAGUGGCUGUAGGCUACAAGAGGAGUAAUGGCGAGAAACUUGAUCAUUUCCCCGGCACAAUUGCCGAACUGGGAUCCAUUGAGGUGGAGUACGCUAAUCUGCCCGGUUGGCAGACAUCCACCGAGCACAUACGCAACUUUAAGGAAUUGCCGGAGAAUGCACAAAACUAUGUUCGCUUCCUUGAGAGCGAAUUAAGCGUGCCCGUGCGCUGGGUGGGCGUGGGCAAGGGUCGCGAAUCAAUAAUAAAUGUCCAUUAGCCAUUAUCCACUAAUACCACCCCCCAUCCCCUUCCCACCCAGGGACAUAAAACUAUCCUACAUGCAUAACCCUUUUGUGUGUUAUGUAUAAAUUAGACGAAAGAACGCUUUAAUACCCUUUUUAGCCACGAAUUCGGCGUUUUGACUAUUGUAACUAACUAAACCAAAUUCAAGCAACUAAAUCUACCCACAACAGAAUGAUACUUACCUUACAACUUACAAUUAACCAUAUAUCGACACACACAAAUUUGUUAGCUUAUUGCUUCUUCAUUAAGGCUUUAAUUAUUUCAUAUUCUAUUUUACUAUUAUUUCUUUCAAGUUCACAAGUUCAUAAUAUCUCUUCUUCAAUUUUUUUUAGUAAGCGCAUACAUAUACACUAGAAUACUUUGUUCUUAUUUCGUUUUGAUGAGGCCGUACUUAGUUUUUAAGAUCAUCAGGUGCAGUUUUAACAACAACAAAGAAAACAUAUACAAAAUGAGAAGCAAAUAUUUUUUAUUGUACAAUAACGAAAUAAUGUUGUUUUAAUAUUUAAAUACAACAAUAGAAUAGAGCAUAAUUGUGCUCUUGUGUCUGUGUAAACAAAUCAUAAUAAUUUUGUCGCAAGAAAAUACAUUUUAAAAGUAAAUACAUUAAAAAUAAAAAAAAA